AUGCUGACCCCUGCAUUAGAGGGAAGGACGCAAUGGCAUCUUCUCAGCAGUGGCAGGUUUCUUUGCUUUUACAACUGUGGCAUAUGUGCAUUUCUUACAACUACAUGGCCUGGAAAAGUAAUCCCUCCCUUUCUGCCCCUUUCUCCUCAGCCAACCAAAGGAGUGAAGCAUGAAUACUAAAUGAAUUAUUGGAGAACUUUGGUCAACUCCUCCAUUCUCUUCUACACCAGAGGCAUUUUGGAACAAUCAUUUCCACGGGAGAAAAAGAAAGCUCUAUCCCUCAGAUAACUUUUCAUUUUGUGAUAUAAUUAUGGCUUCCCUGGCCAUCACAAACAGAAUGAGGUUGGCUGUACUGUGUAGGGUGUAUGCACGCUCAGAAAAAUAACUUAGCCACAAACACAUAGAUUAACGAAUGCCGCAUUACAUUAAAAGAGCAGGAUAUAAAUGUUCUGAAAUAAAUAACUAGAUGUUCAUAAUAUGCUUACGUCCACAUAUCACUGUCCAUGCAACAAAUAUGUAGAAAACAGUCAACAUUUUUGCAUGAAGUGGGAAGCCAGUGUGAUGUUGGGCUGUGGUUAGGGAGUCUUGAAUUAAAUCCUCAUGCAGACACGAGGCUCACACUCAAUGGUCUUGAGCAAAUUCAGCUUAAAAUACCACGGAGGAGGUGUUAAGGAUAAAAUGGGAUAGUCCAUGUAUCCAAUCUUGAGCUCUUUGCAGCAAUGGUAGGGUCAACUGUGAUUCAUUUUUAAAAGGCAGGGGUUCAAAGGAAUGCACACCAAGUCCUUCUGUGUGCACACUGGGGUGGCUGUUCUUUCUUUCUGGCAGCAGUGUACCCCAUUUAGACAUUGAAAAGGAGGAGUCUAGAACAGCAUAUGCAACACUCUGGAUUCCAGAUUACAUAUUGCAAAGCUUCUUGCUUAUUCCCAAGCACUAAUCGAAACGGAUAUGUAAUGAAAAGAAGCAACUAGUACAACCACAUAGUGACUUUCUUAUAGCUUCAAACACAUAAAUAAUUUGGAAAAUCAUUGAUGGGUUUUUGUGUUAUGAACAUUAUAGUUCAGAUUCUCCUCCCCCAUUGCCAUACUGAAGAUUUGACACCCAUUGACACUGUUUGUGAUCAGUGCUGAUAACUGAGCUGUACAGACGUUUAUAUGUAGUUUAUAGCUCAGUCAAAGAACGUAGAAAGAGAUUCAUGGUAUUAAGGCUAAAGUAAACAUUCAAAGUGAUAGGAAUAAUUUCCCCCAGUUUUUUCAUGUGAUCUCCAGUAAACCAAUCAUUUCCCCUAUAUCUAUCUAUUAAGUGAAAAUGCCUCCUAGAGUUAUAAUUCACAACUUGCAAAGUGUUCAAAUAUCACUUGAUUAACACACUUGAAAAAUUGCUUCAUUAUGAUAAUGCAUUCAGCACAUUAGUGGCAGAAGUCUGACCUGUAACAGGAUUUGUAUUGGAAAUCACGCUUGCAAAACUUAGGUGGGUUUCCCAUCUCUCUCUCUCUCCCCCCGCCCCCAUUUUCCAUUACAUUGACAAUCUGCUUCCUUUUAAAGCACAAGUAAUGUGAUGUAGCACUUCGGCACUUCGAAGCAAAAAUGUCAAUGCAAGCAUUCUCCAACACAAUAUUUUAAUAAACUCAUGGCAUUCUGGUUAAAAUUAAAUUAAUUUAAUAUUUUUUAAUACAGAACUUUCAUCUAGUCACUUCAAUGAUAUUUAAAUAAAAAAUGUUGCCACAUAGGGGAAAUGAAUGUUAUUAAGAGUACAGAGGACAGAGCAAACAAGUACACAAACAAUGAUCAGAUGGGCUGGGAUGAGAAACCCUCUUUGCUAAUAUAUGUUGGAUGCUGCAACAAAUGCCAUACCUUUCAAUCUUCUUAAUCAACUCAUAUGCAUUUACAGUCCCCAAAAAACGAAGCAUAGCUUGGGUUCCCAUCUCAGAUUAGUUUCCAUUUCAAUAUUUAUCUGUGGCAUAUAACAUGAGCCUAUAAUUUUAUCACUCUGCUUCAGCUAGUUUUAUCAGGAAUAUUUGUGCCGUGGUUUUUUUUUAAUCAAAAGCUUCUUGUGACAAUGCAGUUAUAUACUGUUAGCACUUCCUCUGCUUGGCCAGUGAUUAUUGGCAAGGUUGAAGGCUUUGUCUGCCAAAUUUGUAUCCCUUUUGAUGGACCAGCAAGCUUGAGCCUGCCAGGAACUGUCAUCCUUAACAGAGGGUUUUGUUUUUUUCUCGUCAGACAAUGGUCUCUACGUAUGAGGCAGUGUCUCUGUGUUCUGGGUCAAUGGAUUUUGCACACUGACAAAUCCAGAAUGUCUUUUUUCAUUCUUUAUAUUGCUGGUCUUCUCUGAGGUAUGUUAGAAGGCUUACCUUUUGCUAACAAUCUCUGUAUUUCCUCAGCUUUACAAUGUAGAAGUGCUUGUCUCUGAUCAGCAGCCAGCUCUGCUGUGUGUUCCUCACAAUUCUGUGAAAAUGCUUAAAAAUACAGUCAUACCUCAGGUUGAAUGUGCUUCAGGUUGAGAGCGUUUGGGUUGCGCUCCGCGGCAACCCGGAAGUAACGGAGCACAUGCCGUCACGCACAUGCACGGAAGCGGCGAAACACGACCCCGCGCACGCGCAGACGUGCUUUCGCGUCUUGCGUUCCAUUCGGGAUGUGAACGGGGCUCCAGAACGGAUCCCGUACGCAUCCCGAGAUACCACUGUAAUGAUUUGUUUUGGUCUUUGCUGGCUUGACAUGUUUUGCAAAUGUAUCCAUUUUACAGUGGUACCUCUGGUUACUAUUUAAUUUGUUCUGGAGGUCCAUUCUUAACCUGAAACUGUUCUUUACCUGAAGCACCACUUUAGCUAAUGGGGCCUCCUGCUGCUGCCGUGCAAUUUCUCUUCUCAUCCUGAAGCAAAGUUCUUAACCCGAGGUACUAUUUUGGGGUGAGCAGAGUCUGUAAUCUGAAGCAUAUAUAACCUGAAGCGUAUGUAACCCGAGGUACCACUGUAUUUCAAAGAUCCUAAUACCUUUCAAAUGUAUUGUUGCAUGCCACCCAUAUCUCUGAGUGGUUGUGAGAUUCCAGGGGUUCCAGGCCUGCUUUACCCAGGAUUCAUGUUUCCUUUUGGAAAUGAGGCCCAGCGGAGACGGUGAUAUCUUUAUGAUACAUGGUUUAUUUUGUCUUUAUGAUCUAUGGUUUAUUUACACACAUAUAUACAAACUGAGCCUGCAAUAGUGGGUUUCACAGCAUUAACCCUCUCAAAAGGGUCUUGUUUCUUCCAUUCCCAUAGCCUUGCAUUCAAAGAGAAAUCAACCAUUGCUCUGCCUCUCUGCUUUCCAGCUUUUCCUCUCAGUGACUUCACACUCCUUUUCUCUAAAUAACAAUGUAAACAGUACAUAAAAUUCAAAACCACAUGGCAUGUGAUAUAGCUAAACUUCUAAGUAAGAUGUAUGGAGUCCAUACUGUCUGAAAAUCAUACUUGGGGCCUCUUCCAUGGGAGCUAUUUCCAUGUCCAUACAGGUAGAGAGAAUAAUUGAUUUCUUUUAGAAAGAGAGGAAUCAAUGCACUCUGCAUAAUUGCACACUUUCCUAAAUAAGAGGCUGUACAAGCACCUACUGCAACGACAACUUCCAAACAAACUGCAGCCAUACCAAGUAAAAAAUAUUACCAGUCACCACUGUCUGGCACUUGUUGCUGACUUUUCACAAGCCAGGGUUGUUAUGCCUGUACAGCUGUGCCACACACAGUGCUAUUUUCCUAGAAAAAGAGAUGCCGGAAAUAUAAAUGUAUAUGUAGGUGCCAAAAUCCCAAGGGAGCAGAAAAUAUUAUUUAGGUAUGUGACCAGUUGCACAAAUGUUAUUGGCCCAGAGAUUGAAAACGAACGAAGUCCCAACCAGAGAAGAAUGGCAGAUUAAAUUGAUGGAUUAUGCCAAAAUGGCAAAAAUGACCAGAAGAAUCAGAAAUCGUAAAGUUAUCAUUUACCUUAAAAACCAUUGUAAACAGUUAAAAUCGUUAGUAGGAUCUGAAUAACACUUGUAGUUUAAUGGUGAAUUUUGGAUAUAAUGGAGAUGUAAAAGAUUUGGAUUAUUAUAAAAGAUGCAGGAGGAAAUGAUUCAUAAUAGGACCCACAAAAAGGAGAAGGGAAGUCCAGGAGAUUCUCUGGAAUCUUGUCUUUAAUGUUGUGUUUGUGAUUGUAAAAUUUUAAUUAGAAAACCCAAAUAAAUAAAUUUAAUAGAAGUGUAUAUGCAACUGCGAGUACUGAUCUAAAUAAAGUGCUAGUAAGUUUCCUCAGCUGAAUCGCCUGUUGCUUUCAAACGUUAUCCACCCAAAAGCGCGCGGCAGCGAAAGCGACCCGCUUUUUCACGCCGCCUCUCCUUCUUCCCCCGCCCAACUACAGCGAGCUCCUGCCCUCCCCUCCCUGCACGCCACUGGCCGAAGGCGGCUGAGUGGCAGCGCAGGCCGAGCCAGCCAGCGCUUGCCUCUUGCUGGUCACGUGAGCUCUUUGCUCUCGUGAGCCUGCCCGGCUCCUCCUCUUCCCCCCUCCCACCCCGCCUCCGAUCCGACCGUGGUCCCCUUGGCUUGGGGCUUCUCCUGCCCUCCUUCGCCGCUCGUCGGGCGGUAAGUAGGUUCUUUGGAGGGACGGGAGGGGGGGAGGCAGGAGGAGCCUCCGUUCGUUCCUUCCGCUCUCUCUCUCCCCUCCCCCCUGAAGUCGGCUUCCGCGGAGGGUUCUUCUCGCUUCAAGCGCGGCGGGCUGGGGAGCCGCAGUUGGCUUGGGGAGAAGGCGCAGAGCCCGGCCUCGCGCCGCGGCGGAGGCUCCCUUUGUGUGUGCGCGCGCGCGCGCAAAGGAAGCAAGAGAAGAAGAGCCUCCUCGUGAGUAAGCAAGCAAGCGGCCGGCAGAUUCUAAGCCCCCCCCCUCCAGCCCCCUUCCCACGGGUGGGACUCCAGCCUGGCUGCGCGGCCUGCGCUAGUACCGAACAGGAGUACGCUAUGUGGGGCUGCUGCAACGUACAAAAUGGUUUUUUGGGGGAAAUGCAUUGGCUGGAGCUUUUUUCCUGCAGCAAAUGGGGUGCAAAGCAUGCUCCAGGCCCGUGCUUGGAAGUUUAGGUGGGGACUCUUAUCUAUUGCGACUGAAUGGAUUUCCGUUCUCUUUCCUCCAGAAAAGCACAUACCCCACGUUUUCCUACAUGCAAUGGUUUUUUUUUUGCUUCUGUGUUGAGGCGUGUGAGCGCCCAAGGUGCACCCCUAGGACAGAGGCAUCUUGUUCAGGAAGGCUGGAUGUUGGCUGGGGAAAUUGCCGCGUCCUUUUCCCCCUUGGGUCCUGCAUUUGGUUUGUUGUGGUAAUGCGAUAGGAGGAGCAGCCAAUAUGGUGUCCUCCAGAUGUUGGGACUCCAACUCCCAGCAGUCCCAGCCAGCGUGGCCAGUGUUCAGAGAUGGUGGGAGGUGUGUACUCCAGCAGUGCCUAGAGGGCAUAUUGCUCAUACGCAGCGUAUACUUGGGAUUGGCAGCAACCGUGGCGCCCAUAUCAGUUUUCUUAACUAGGGAAGCAUGGUGAGCGAUACAGGUGAGUGCUGCUGCUGGGUGCACUUUGUGUGCAUCUUGUCUAGGCAUGCAAACUGCAGUCCCACUUCUGGAGAGAUGAAGGUGACAGGCUGCAGAUGUUGGAAAGUGGCUUCCUUCUGAUGAGGAAGGGAGCACAAUGCUUUGCUGUGUUCCCUUGCCUAGCAGAACAGGUAGCUGCUGUUCCUACGUGUGUUUUCAUAUGUAACAAGGUAGGUAACAGGGAAGCACCUAGCUUUCCUUUGCUGAGUAUUACAGAUUUGGAGGGGACUGAAAAUGUUCCAGAGCAAGCUAGCUGUUUUGACUUGCCAUGGUUUAUCAGAAGUCCCAAAGACAAUAUUUGGCAGUUUCUGUAGCAGAACCGGAACUCACUUUGUUAUUGACAUCCUUUUUCUUUGUUUAGUGCUUGCUUUUUGCCAGCUGCCUAUUGUCUGUGUCUGUACUUGUUGAGUAUUCUUCUGGGAUUUUAUGAGGUCUUAUCAACAUGUUGCCACAGCACACUAGUUCCGUUUGUCAUCAUUACUCCCCUUUUAUUUUUAUUUUUUUUUUAAGUUGCAGUUGGUCCUUGUUGGUAAUAUAAAAGGAACAAUUUGUUACUGUUACCUGUGUUGUUUUAAUAUGUAACUGUUUUGAAGCAACAAGCAAUUAGUAUUUAUUCCAACACAGCUCUUAAUAUGCAUUUCUUUGGGUUUGACACAGGACUUAAAACACAUAAGGAGAACAGAAGUGACUUUUAAACUAGUUCUUUCACAUUGUACUGCACUAGUUCAGUUGCACAGUUAUUAGUUAUUAAUGGCAAGUGUUCUUCUGAACCACCAGUGCGUUGAAGCUUUCCUCCUAAUAGAUGUAACUGUCCAAAUAAGGGACAUCAGUCUUUGGGUUGGUUUCAGACUUACAGCACAGUCUUGAUAAUGACUACAGUGGUACCUCUGGUUGCGAAUGGGAUCCGUUCCGGAGGCCCGUUUGCAACAUGAAAAGAACGCAACCCGCGUCUGCGCAUGCGUGGGUUGCAAUUUGCCGCUUCUGCACAUGCACGUGACGUCCUUUUGUGCAUCUGUGCAUGCACGAGCAGCGAAACCCGGAAGUAACCCGGACGUAACAUGAGGUAUGACUGUACUCAGAACUAAGAUAUGCUGAAUUUAGUGGACUCACUCCCACCUAAGUGGGGUUAGGACUGCAGUCUUAUUCAUGCUUAGAGAAAUCAUGACUUAACUUGAUUUCAGUGGGUCUGCUGUAAGCAUGACUGAAGUAGAUACAAACCUUUAGGCUUGUAUGUAGUGUGAAAAUGGGAAAUAUUAAAAACCAAUUACUGAAUCUACUUUAUAGUGUGUGAUAUAAAUGGAAUAGCCUUUAUAAGUUCCUGGUUAGCCUAUAUCUCUUUGUCUUAGUCUCUCUGGUAAGAUGGCAACAACUAAUGGACUGUAAUUAUUUCUAACAGGCCUAAGAAGAAACUUCACUGGAUUAAAGAAAAAACCCAGUUGCUGCUGUACAGCAGCAGCUACCCAGCUGCUGUUGUGCCUGAGAAUCUCCAGUUUAGUUCCAAAACUUGCUUGAACACUUGUCAAAUGACGUCAAUGGCCAGCCUGUUCUCUUUUACUAGCCCAGCUGUAAAGCGUCUUUUGGGCUGGAAACAAGGCGAUGAAGAGGAAAAAUGGGCAGAAAAAGCAGUUGAUGCUCUGGUUAAAAAACUGAAAAAGAAAAAAGGAGCCAUGGAGGAGCUGGAGAAAGCACUGAGCAGUCCUGGACAACCCAGUAAAUGCGUUACUAUUCCUCGUUCGUUAGAUGGGCGUCUUCAAGUUUCUCACCGCAAGGGCCUUCCUCAUGUUAUUUACUGUCGUGUUUGGCGUUGGCCUGACCUGCAGAGUCAUCACGAGCUGAAGCCGUUGGACGUUUGUGAAUUUCCUUUUGGAUCUAAGCAGAAGGAAGUCUGCAUCAAUCCAUAUCAUUACAAAAGGGUAGAGAGCCCAGGUGUGUUUGAAUGUUAUGGCAUUGCUUUCAUCACAAAGUGUUCAAACUGUAAUGUGAUUUACAGUGCAUGUCUACUUAGAAGAUAGUGCCAUUGUGUUGAGUGAGACUUGACUCCCAGGAAAGCACGUAUAGGUUUGCUGUCAGGUGAAUAUGAGGAAGAUUGGUGUAGCUGAACUUUCUUUUACAAAGUGAAAUUAUUAUUUAUUAAAUUUGUAUACCGCUCGUCAUCUGAAGAUUUCAGGGUGGUUCACAGCAUAAAAAUACAAGUUCAAAAUACACAGUAAAACCAAACAAAUACCCUCUCCCCACAAACCCCACAUUUAAAAGUUUAAAGGAUGUUGAAGAGGAAUGUUUUAGUCUGGCACCUAAUGGUGUAUAAUGAGGGCGCCAGGUGAGCCACCCUGGGGAAGAGCGUUCCACAAAUAGGGAACCACUGCAGAAAAGGCCUGUUCUUGUGUUUCCACCCUCUGGACCUCUUGUGGAGGAGGCACACAAAAAAGGGCAUCAUGCUGAUUGCAGGGUCCUGGUAGGCCCACAUGGGGAGAGGCGGUCCUUGAGGUUUCUUUUGUCUUGGGGAACAUUGAUGCUAUAUGUCUACCUUGCAUUGUCCAUCUGUUAAACUCUAUGCUUUUUGAAACAUGAUUUCUGAUAAUAAACAUAGAAGCAAGCUUUUUUGCUCUGACCCUAUCCACCACUGGCAUGUGGUUCCCCAAAAGCUGCUCAGAAUGCAAUGUGCCCCAUGGCCUGGAAAUGUUUUCUCACCCCUACUGUUCACCAUUUGUCAGUGAGAGGCUCCUCUUACCUUGUUGGAUUGCUAUGGGACAUACAACCAGAUUUUUCCAGUGUUUUGACAGUGUGUGCUUAAGGCACGUUCUUCUGUCUGUGUCUUCGGCACUUAGCACUUCUACUGCUAUAGGCAAACGGACAUCUUCAGGGCUGUUAACUAAAAGCACUAAUCUUAGGUUUAUGUUGUUUUCUUCCUUUUCAGUUCUACCUCCAGUAUUGGUGCCAAGGCAUAGUGAAUUCAACCCACAGCAUAGCCUUCUGGUUCAGUUCAGGAACCUGAGUCACAAUGAACCGCACAUGCCACACAAUGCUACUUUUCCAGAUUCGUUCCAGCAGCCUAACAGCACUCCAUUUCCCAUUUCCCCAAGUAGUCCAUAUCCACCUUCUCCAGGCGGCAGUACUUAUCCAAAUUCGCCAGCCAGUUCCGGACCUUCUAGUCCAUUUCAGCUACCAGGUAAAAGCCUAUCUGUGUGACGUCAAUUGAAAUGUAAAACUUGUAGCAGGAAGCCAGAGGGAGUUAGAAUUACAUUUCAGAGUUCCUAAUAUGCAUUUUGUCAUAUUUAUUACGGACACAUCAUUUGAAGCUUUGGAAUCACCGUAGAUUCCGGCAUAUUAGGUGACGACCCCCCAAAUUGGCAGCUGCAAUUUGGGGAUUUGUCUUAUAAGCCGAGUUGCCUAAUAUGCUGGGUAGCAACAGGGGGCAGGCUCAGCUCCACGCCGGGCGGCUUUCUCCCGACACGGAGCUGAGCCCGCUGCUGCUGCUUCGGAGCCACCGCAGCGGGGGGCGGGCUCUGCUCCGUGCCGCCCAUACCUGGCGUAUAAGGCAACCCCUGACUUUGGAUAAGAUUCUCCGGGGUUCAAAAGUCGCCUUAUAUGCCGGAAUCUAUGGUAAUCUUGUGAAGGAAUUAAUUAAAGAGAACAAAUAAUUCAGUUAUUUGAGAAUUUUGCUGUUUUAUGUAUUUCUGCAUACACUUCUGAUUUGAAUGGGUAGUGGGACAGAAGACACAAGACUAAGAGUUUGGAGAAAGUAUAAACCAUUCAACUGUUAUUUAUUUAGUGUGACCCAUAUGCAUGGUGCUACACAAACAACGAGAGGAAAGAUCUCUGUCCUGGAGGCUUAAUGUAGAGAGCGACACUAGGGAGACAAUUGAGGAAAAAGAGGGGAAUGGAAGUGAGGCAUGCAGGAGAAGGUUGCAUGUACUUUUACUUUAGUUAUGGAGAACAUAGGAACCAGGAGGUUGUGCCCAAAGUCUUCAUGGAAAAGGUGGGGUUUCUGAGAGUGUGUUGUGUUUUGAAUGUAGUAAAAUAGGUGAUAGCAUGGAAGCAUUCUGAGAGGCGGUUCCUUUCAUAAAUGUGAGGGAGAAAAAGUUGUGUUGCUUCCUCGGUUGGCCAAGCAUGGUGAAGCUGAAUGAGUGGGUAUCAUAUGUUUGUUGGGAUAUAAAAGCAAAAAGAUCAGGUGGUGCAAGGCUUUGGUGGGGUUUGAAAAUAAGGGUGAGAAAUUUAUGCUGGCUCUAGGAAUAAACAGGAAGGGAGUGUAGAAAUUCAAGGAAGGGCAUCACAUGGUCAGAGUGGUGAGAGAGGUGAAUGUUUUUGAUAACAGUUCUGGAUAAAGGUGAGAGGAUAAAGUCGAGGCAAUAGAAAGUCGGGAAGUAGUAGAUUUCCAUAGUCUAGACAAAACUAGAGCCUGGACCCACUCUGCACAUUAGUUGAGGAUUCCCAUGAAUGGUUCCUCCACAAACUCAUGGGUGCCUUUGAAAUUAGCAAGUGUUAGCAUUGAAGACCAGUGGAUAUGAACUGCUAAAACUGGUGUGGGGAACCUUUCAGCCUCCAGGUGUCAGUGAACUACAAGUCCCAUCAUCCCUGGCCAUUGUCCAUGUUGUGGGGGAUUGAUGGGAAUUGUAAUUCAGUAACAUCUGAAGGGUGAAAGGUUCCCCACACCUGUGCCAUGACUUGCUGAUCGCUUCGGUCUACUAUGUUGUUGUAUUGGCCCGGGAUUUAUUAAAAAAAAAAGUUGGUUUGUUGUAUAUGCACUGUAAUGUAUGUCUCUUGGAAACACCCAAAAAACAUUUCAGAUAAUAAAAUAAAGACCAGGGCAUGGCCCAGAAUUUUUGCUGAGGUGACAGAGAAGGACGACUCUUGUUUGUUUUUUCUGUAAUGUUACAAAGGAAGCACUAACAUUGCACAGCAGUGAUACACUAAAUUGCGGAUUAUGUGGUAAAGGAAGAGAGAAGUCAAAGAGAAAGCCAAGGCUAUCUGCCUACUCAGCAGGGUGGAUGGCGAUAAUGUCACUGGACAUGGAGAGCGAGGUGAUAAAAGAAGGGCUUGAGAGGAAAGAUAAGAAGUUUCGCCUCCACAUAUUGAACUUGAGAUGUUGACAAAACAUCCAAACCAAAAUAUGAAAAGUACUUGGAGAUGGGAGAUUGGAUGAAGGGAGGAAAUUCAGGGUAAAGAUGAAGAACACUAUCAGAAGCCUAUACAUGGUACUGAAACUCAUGGAAUGGGAUACACCUGGUGAGAGGGUGUAGGGGGAGGACAGCAAGAGAGCUAAAAACAGAUCCACGAGGAAGUGUCUCCCCAGAUGUAGAGAUCAAAAAAAGGAUUAUACAGGUGAAGAGCUGAGUGGGGUCUUAGGGCAAGAGUCAUCAGCUGUAUAUCACAUGCAGCACAGAUGACUAGGACUGCAGAGAUAAUUGAAUUGGUAGGCUAUUUUUUUGGCAAGGGCAGUUUUAGGAAAUUGCUGGGAGGAAAAGCCAAGUUUGAGAGCAGAAUUGGAGAGAAAUUUAAGGAUGGGGAUGCAAAGAGGCAUAUUUCAGGAGUUUGGAGGUGGAGAUAAAUUGGGCAGGAAUUGACAAGGGAAGAUGGGUCAAGGGGCGUGAGGUUUGGUUUGUUUUAGAAUAGGAGAAACAGGGAAGUUGGGAGUUAUAGCAGUGACGGAGGUACAGCAAUCUGGGAACAGAUUUCAGACUGAAAUGGGAAUCAGAAGCUUAAAUGAUCCUCCACAUUAAACUCCAAGCACGCACUCACACACAUGAAGCAUAUAGGGAGGGGAACACCAGAUGGCUUUACAGUGCAAUCCUAACCAGAAAAGAGAAGGGCAGGGAACUAGGGAGUGGUAAAUCACUGCAAUUGCAAAAUUGGAAGCAACAUCUUAUAGGUUGUUCUAAAUAUACUGAUUUUUGUUUGAUCCCAUUGAUAUUGGUGACACUGCUUCAAGCAUUUUUAGUUAAUACUCUCAGUGUGAGAACCUGACCAAGACUGCCCUCCUGAUGAUGAUCACUAGAGCAGGAAGAAUGAGACGGGCAAGACUUAUUGGUUAGGUUGUGGCCCAGAAGGCUGUAGAGUGGGGAAAGUACAUGUGCACAUAGGGGAAAGAAACACAGACAAUCUGAUCAACUAUUUAUAAAGCAGUUUAUUUAUAGAGAAAGAUUUCAAAGGAAGCAGAAAAAUGGAAGGUGGAGAGUGAGGAGGUAGUAAGGAAGGUUGACCCUGAAGUGGGAGGAACAAUUGAUUUGUAGGGGUAACAGGAGUUGUUGUGAUUAGGCUGGAUUAAAUGUUCUCACUUUGCUCAAAUUCCUUAUUUUUCUUUAUAGCAGAUACACCACCACCAGCAUAUAUGCCUCCUGAAGAUCAAAUGGGGCAAGAUAAUUCACAGUCUAUGGACACAAGCAAUAAUAUGAUCUCUCAGAUAAUGCCAAAUAUUUCCAAUAGAGGUGAGGUGAACAAUGCAUUUUGUAGACUUGUCAAUAUUGUGCAGUUGAAAUUCUAUAGAGAAGAGAAUAGCCUACCAAUCAAAAGUGCUUUCCUCCCCAGCUGCCACUUAUCCCUGCCCCUUAAAAGCACAUUGGCAGUGAAGGCUUUGGAUGGGCAGCAUCCAAUUUUGCUUUUCAGCCAUGGGUAAUUGUGUUAUAGGUUGAGGAUAUUAGUGUUUGAGGGUUGGAUACAUAGUGAGUUUGCAGGGAUGUGGACAGAGCAGCACCAGAGGGACCUUUAUAGGUGGAGCAAAAAAUAUUUGUAGCCUGCCCUUCCUCCCAAAGGAGCCCAGGGUUGGACCCAGGUUAUCAGCAUUUCAGAAUAAACUGCUGCAUGUAUUGAAUAUUUCAGUAUUCAGUGAACAACCAGUUAGCCAAACUAAUAACUUUUAAUUGUGUAUAUAUAAAGACGGUCUUUGUUUCUAAGUGUGGGUGCUUUAAAUAGCCAUGUUCUUGAAACUCCAUUUUUUAUGGACUUGAGCUGUGGCCUAAAGAAAUAAGUAAUUCAGCAUGAUUAAAACAAAUUAUUUUUCAUGGUCCCAAGUUGGCGUAAUGUAGUGCUUGUGAACAUGAUCUGGUGGUCUCUGGUCCACAGCUCAGUUAUGCCAUGCCACUGUCAUCAGAGACUUGGUUUCCCAUCUUUCUUGUGGGACUUAGCUUACUUUGCAGAGCUGUUGGAAUAUUUUGGAGGGGGUAUCCAUGAAACUCUUUGAGCUCCUAGGAAUAAAGGCAUUAAUACUAUUACUGUAUGGGAGAGACUAUUGCUUUAGGUGUUGGAAAUGCUGAAAUCCGUAUGUUUUGCUUUUGUUCAUAGAUGUUCACCCUGUGGCCUAUGAAGAGCCCAAGCACUGGUGUUCAAUUGUGUAUUAUGAAUUAAACAAUCGAGUUGGGGAGGCAUUUCUUGCAUCUUCCACUAGUAUUUUAGUAGACGGUUUUACAGAUCCUUCUAAUAACAAGAACAGGUUCUGCUUAGGUUUGCUCUCCAAUGUCAAUCGCAACUCAACAAUUGAGAACACCAGGAGACACAUUGGAAAAGGUAAUACAGAAAUGUGCUUUGUAUGAUCAUAAGAAACCUUCCUUCACCUAACUUUGUCAUGUUCAUUAAUCUCAGUGGGUCUACUAUGAGUAAAAUGCAGCUGAAUACCACCUAAUGUUUCUAAAAGAAGCAUUUUCAGUGAACAAAUCUCCACACCCGCAUAUGGUGUGAUUCUACAGAUUGCACACCAAAGACAAAUCUCGCAGCCUUCUGAUCAGAUGCUUUGACCUAACCUGCCAAAUGGGCUCAUGAUUCUGAAUAACAGUUUCCUAGUAAUAGAAUACCAGCAAUAUUUAGGUAAUCUCAGUUAAAAAAAUUAUUUGUUGAAGAAUCUUAUUCUUUGAUUCAUGGAAGGAGGACAUCUAGUGGCUGAUAUUCAGUAGUAGAAAUGCAAGUAUACUCUGAUGUGUUAGAAUAACUGGAAACCAUUCCUACUGGAGCCUUUUAAAAAUAGGAACUCGGCUAGACUUUCUGACAUCUGUAAUAUUUCUGCAAAUAACCCUGUUAAAUGUUUGGGUUUCUCUCACUCCCCUGACUCCAGGUGUCCAUCUCUACUAUGUUGGUGGUGAAGUCUAUGCCGAAUGCCUGAGUGACAGCAGCAUAUUUGUACAGAGUCGGAAUUGCAACUACCAUCAUGGAUUUCACCCUACAACUGUCUGCAAAAUUCCUAGCGGCUGUAGCCUGAAAAUUUUUAACAACCAGGAAUUCGCUCAGCUUCUAGCUCAGUCGGUCAAUCAUGGAUUUGAGGCAGUAUACGAGCUCACCAAAAUGUGCACAAUUCGGAUGAGUUUUGUGAAGGUAAGGGGUGUGAACCUGCUAUAACUUAUGCGUUUGAGUGAUUUUUGAAGUACCGUAUUUUUCGCCCUAUAGGAUGCACUUUUCGCCCUCCAAAAAUGAAGGGGAAAUGUGUGUGCGUCCUAUGGGGCCAAUGCAGGCUUUCGCUGAAGCUUGGAGAGAGAGAGGGGUCAGUGCGCACCGACCCCUCUCGCUCUCCAGGCUUCAGGAAGCUAUCCGCAAGACGUGGGAGAGCUGUGCGACUUCGCGCAGCUCUCCCACAGCUUGUGGAGAGCUGCCUGCACCCCGAAGCCUGGGGGCGCGCUGAGCUCAGCGCCCCCCAGGCUUCGGGCUUCGCGCAGCUCUCCCACGGCUUUUGGAGAGCUGCCUGUUCUGGGGGCUGGGGUCGGGGGAAGCUCGGGCUCCUCCCCCCCAGCCCCGCGCCUGGGGGGGGGAAAUAAUUUUUUUUUCUUUAUUUCCCCCCCAAAAAACUAGGUGCGCCCUAUGGGCCGAAAAAUACGGUAUAUUCCCCAGGACAAUAACUUUAAUGGAAAAUCUUCUGUGGCUUUGAGGGCUUCUUCCCCAUAUGUAAUCUCAAAAAGUCACAGAAGUAACCUCAGAAUGGGGAAUGAUGUAGAGGGAGAUUGGAUGCAUUACUACAGGCAACUCCCCAUUUAUGCAGGGGUUCCGUUCUGGGGCCCCAUACGCACGCACAAAAUUGUGUAAAAUGGGGAGCACCCUAGAGAGUCCUCCUCAACCAAGUCCCGCCACCCCUCUAGCUUGUGUGAGCCGAAGGGGCAACAGAGCUUGCACAGCUUCCUCCGUGCGUCAGCUGGGCUGGUUAACUGAGUAGCACAUCACCUGGGCCAGCUCUGCUGCCUCUCUGGCUUGGGGGAGCCAAAGGGACUGUGGGGCUUGGUUGACCAAGUGACUCUGUUUCUGGGUACCGCUUCUGGUUGCGUGCAAAUAGAGUGCGCAUCAAUGGGGAGAUGCCUGUAUUUCAAACAAGCAUGUCCUCCUUGUCGGUGUAACAGGCUCUGAAGCAGGUGUCAGUUGGACAGAUGCAUUCUCUCAAUCGUCAUUUGCAGGCCUUUCCAAUAGGAUGAGGCUUCGUUUGAAUAAACUGUCAUUCUUCUCCAUCUGCAAAACCUAGUAGACAACGUAUACCGGGAAUCCUACUGAACAGUAGGAUUUUUUCUGUGAGAGGAAUAGAAGCAUAUGGUAUCCCGCCAUCCUUCCAUAAACCUAUGUAGUGGUUCCUCGGGUUAAGAACUUAAUUCGUUCUGGAGGUCCGUUCUUAGCCUGAAACCAUUCUUAACCUGAGGCACCACUUUAGCUAAUGGGGCCUCCCAUUGCUGCCACCGUGCAAUUUCUGUUCUCAUCCUGAAGCAAAGUUCUUAACCUAGGUACUAUUUCUGGGUUAGCGGAGUCUGCAACCUGAAGCGUCUGUAACCUGAAGCGUCUGUAACCCUAGGUACCACCGUAUUCCCUUUUCUCUGACGUGUCACACUUCUUUUUUGGGGGGGGGUGUUACUCAUUUUUUUAAUUUCUAAUGAAUUUACUAGACUAAUCAACACUGGCUGUUUUAAGAGCGAUUCUUGGAUAUACACUAAAUGUCUGCCCAUUUUUUGUAGGGAUGGGGAGCGGAAUAUCAUCGGCAAGAUGUUACAAGCACUCCAUGCUGGAUAGAAAUCCAUCUUCAUGGGCCUCUGCAGUGGCUGGAUAAAGUACUCACCCAGAUGGGAUCCCCUCUUAAUCCCAUCUCUUCUGUUUCAUAGUGCCAAAGAAGUUUUUUCAACCAUAACUUUAGUGACCAUUUUCUAAUUCUACAGACACUUCCAGUGUGGAUACUGUAAGAACAUACUACACAUUAGCUUUCUUCUACCAAUGACCAAUUCCAUUGUUUUUUAUCGCUCAUCCUUUGAUUUUUUGAUAUUAAGGAAACAGCCAAGUUGGGAAGAAAACUGAGAAUUCAGGAUUUUAUUUUUCCUUGAGAUGCAUAUUUAAUAAUCAUCAACUCCACUGAAAAUAUUUUUAUGUGUCUUCUAGGAACACAUUUUUGAACUGGUUCUUUUUUCGGGGGGGGGGGGGAGGGAAUAACAUUUAUCUUUUUCCUAAAUUUGUUUAUUUCCAGUUUACAAGUUUUUAAUGUUGUAUAAUGGAUAAGGUCCAUGAACAAAGCUAGCUUUAUUACACCCAAGAUUGCCUUUAGCUUGAGUAAAUAAUGUGACUUAAGUAUAUACACGUUAAAAACACGUUACAGAUAGUGGUAUUAGAAUGCAUUACUGCAAGUUCUGUGGUAAAUAGUGGUUUUAUCUAUACCCCAGUUCAAUUUAAUACUGCCUUUACAGUGCAACUGUAUGCAUGUAUACUCAAUGGAACAUUGAGCUACUGGAACUUAAUCCCAGACAAGUGUAAAUAGGAUGCUGUCUUUAGUCAAUUGUUCUUAAACAUUUGAUUCAAGGCGCACUGUUUUGCUUAGACUAGUCAGUAUUUUCCCUUGACUUACAUUCAUGCUGUGGGCUAGGCCUUGACAAAGUGUAGCUUUUUAGGAAAUCCACGUCUUUUAUAGUGCAAAACAGUACCAUUUUGUAGAUAACAUUACGAGGCAUUGUUCACCUUUCCAUUUUAUUUUGCCUCUCUGUAGCUGGUAUCCUGGGGGCUUCCUAAUGUCAAUGUUGGUUUUAAUAAUCACACACACACACACACACACACACACACACAGUUUUAAUUAAUGUCCUUCCUAAUGUUACUGCUGUUUUUAAUAAUUCCCCUCCUUCAGUAUUAAUUACAACCGUGGUGUACUUUACAUUUAUAACCAGAAUAUCAGGACUCUCACUUUGCUAAGUGAUGCAGAAUGUUUGCCUUUUAGAUUACUGAGGCAGACCAGGCCUUCAAUAAUAAAAAGAUCAUUGCCAUUUGGUGCCUGGCGCCUAAUAGAAGAAGUCAAGGAUCUUAAGCCCUCAUACAACACAUCAGCUCUUCAGGAUCAUCUGUCAAAUGAAUUGUCAGUUUUAUGGCCUUUUGCUAAUAAACCUACUAAAGGGCUCUAACUGAUGCAGAGAUGAAUGGUAGAAUUUUGGUGAAUAUGGAUAUGAAUGUGGAAGUCCUCCUGUCUUAAGGGGCUACUGGUGGUUUCCAUUCAGGCAUAUUUCUUCAUCAGUACAAGCGGGGGGUGGGGGGUGGGAUGUAUGCCCAAGUAUCCAGCUAUUACCAGUGCAGUUAAAUCUGAUAAAGUAAGUCUGCUAGCAGAAAUUUAUCCCUAGCCAUCAGUUACUUUGUCUCCCUCAGAGUAAGUGUGGUAAGUAAGCAAAUGGUUACACUUCAGUGCUAACUUGUAGAAGUUCUCCCUUCCCUCAGCAACUCAAGAAGGCCUGUAUUCUUUUGCCAUGUAUUUUUGUUUGCUUUAGGAUGCUAAAGCCAACACUAAGUACCAUACUAAAUGCAUUGGCUUCUGAAGAUGUAGUCCACCAAAAAUAGUUCACAGUGAGCCUUUCCCCAGUGACAGCAGUUAAAGCUAUGGUUUCUCUAUGGGACCACCUGUUUCUAGUCCUAUGUGGAUUCUACCCAGACUACAGGUGGUGGUGGUUGCCUUCAUUUUAAAGCUUAGCAUUCUGAGGAUGCUGAAGCCUUUACCCAGAAUUGGUGGUGGCAGAAAGGAAUUUCUAGUCCCUAUGGCUCUGAAGAUAGCCUUCUAGCUUACAGAACUGUGUAGGAUUUCCAGUGAUGGUCGAGGCUUUGAUGCCCUGUGUAGCAACUUGGCUUCCCACUGAAACAGAAUAAAAGGAUGCAAAUCCGAAGUCUGGCUUUACUGGGAUGGGAUAUGUUUUUCCCUAGCCAGCUUUGAUCAAUAGCUGUUCCCUGCCGUCUUACCAAGAUGUGAUGUCUGGCUAUUCCUUUGGCUAUAGCUGGUGGAGGGGAUAUUGUAGGCUGUCUUCCUUGGUGGGAGUUCUCGGGAACGAAAUCUAGAGAGAGUAAAUGGAGCAGGAAUGGCCAGAAGGGUAGGCUGUGGUCUGCUUGUUGGACCAGUGAUACUGGGAUUCUUGCAGAAAACGUCGAUUGGCUGUGAUCUAAUCCAGCAAAGCACUUCUUAUGUUAAGUGAGUGUAUACUUGAGAUCACUGAACACAGGUAAAUUAUUCCAUAACAGUUGAGACAUCGGGGUAUGUAUUUGUGCUUUAUAAAUUUUAAAGCCAAUUAGUGGUGGUAGGGCACACAAGACUGAAGUUGACUUCUCCCAAGUUUAAAAGAUCAGCUACUUUAAAGACUUCUGGAAUUGCUUCGCUGAUCACACAGAGCUAGCUGUCUGUAGUCUCUGGUUAGAUGAUGAGAGGAGUGUUAAUCAUGUUCCCACAACUCCUUAAAUGCUGGUAAGCUCAGUAUUGGCCAUAGUCACUGCCAUACUUUAUUGCAGGAAGUGAACUCUUAAUUGUGUAUUCUAUGGUGACAUGUUUGUGAAGAAACUUUCAAAACUCUAGAAGACUAUGAAAAGGCUACUUGGCUAUUAGCAAAUGGGAUCAUGUGGAACAUCUGGACAUAGUCAUGUUUGUAAAUUUAAAUGGAUCUACUCCAAGUAAAACUUAGUUGAAUGCCACCCAUCAGUGCCACAGAAGUUGUGUUGUGCUUAUAUGGUAGUCCUGCCAGGGUCUUCAAGAGUUUACAUAUUAUAAUAAAUACUUUGAAAUUGCCUUAAAGGGAAAACAAAUAUGACUUUCACAAAGUUGUACCAUUCUUUUGUAUACAUACUAGUUUCUACUUGAUUUUAGAAGCAAAAAAACCACCCUUUCCCAGUCUUUCUUUUUUUAAAAAAGAGAAGUAGAUGGUCUUAUUUUGUUGCCUUAUAUUUUAGUCAACUCCUUACUUAAAACUACAGCCAAUAUUUGCCUUUGCUGGGCAUGCUGCUAGCUAAGCAAGAUCUGCUGGGGUGUUCUCCUGUGCAAACCUCACUAAAAUUACCAGGAGCUGCACAGGGGGAAUUGCUCCCCAGAAGUUGUAGUGGCUCCAGAUGUUCUGUGCUUGCACUUGACCACAUUGCCUGUAUAACACUAAAGAUGAUACCAUCUUUUAACACAUUUCAUUGAAUUAAAAACAAUAAAUGAUUUGCAAGUUAAUUCUGCUGUGUUAAAAGAUUUGCCCUUUGUAACUAACUUCCUGAAGAUUCCUACUCUUUAAGCCAUCUAGAAGCCUUAAGUGUGUUUGCCAGGUACCAGUACUAACCAGACCUUCUGACUUUGCAUGCAGUCUGAGCAAUAUUACUCUGUGUAUGGAGUCAAAAAAUAUAUGUAUUGCACUUUUGAAGAGCAAGAAUAGUACAUAAAUUGCUAGUGCAUUUUUUUUUGGGGGGGGGGGACUAUUACCAGCAAUGAUAUGAGUAAACUUGCUCCUGGUUUUCCCUUUAUCCUUUGCAGGGACAAACUUAUUAAAUGCUGAUACAUCAGCUUGCCUUUUUGUUGUGAUUCUCCAUCUCUAAGAUUUACUUGUAUAUUCAGACUGAGUUCUGUUUCAGUGGAUGUGUAAGCAUCUGACAUAGGUUUCACUACAAGCUGCCAUGCUUGCAUUAUAGUGGAUGUAAGAAUGGAAGGAGACUUAUUUGUUUCCAGAUUUAGCUUGAGUCACGGUGUUCUCAUUUUUGUAGAAACUGAGUAGACUAUCUCAUUCUUGCAGUUUACAACUUUUUAUGCCUAUCACUGGCCUCUUUUGGCCAUCUCUUUUUUUGGGAGAGUAAAUGGCGGUGGAUACCAUCCAACCACCCAUGGAGGAUGUGUGCUUUGACUUUGUUCUCAAUAAUACUUCUGUUGGGUAUUAAGAGGUACUAGACAAAUUAACUUCAGCGUAAAUUGCAAGUUUUCAUUGGAAAAUUGAUUUAACUAUAUUGUGCAUGAUUGUUGUUGCAUCUGGCUAGAUUGCUGACUUGCUGAAGGGACCAAAAUGUGCCUCAGGAUUAAUUUAUUUUAAAAAUUCUAAAAUGCCCUACUUUCUUUCUACUUCGUCUUCACGAUAACUAAAGUUGGUUCUACAGCAAGCAUGGGUGAAUUCAGGUUUGAAUCUUCUGGCUGAAUUAAGAAUUCAAACAUCCCACAUCCAAAAUUUCUGUUCUCUUGCGGCAUCACACUUUCUACUCCUACAGAUAAUCUAUGUAAAAUGCUGUUUCACAAAAGCAACUAUGUAACAGCCUUGUAAUUUGAAUAUUUUUUUAAAAACCAUGCAUUUAUUUCACAGUAUUACUAAUGUUUACCUGAUAAAAACAGACGGUCUUGUAGUCUGUGCCUGGAAAACAUCUAAAUAUGUCAAACACUUUCUCCCUCAAGCUAAUAAAGAGUUAUUAUUGCCUGAAUUGUUGCUAGAUAGCAGUAUUUUAAAAUAAAAACAACCUUUUUGGGCAGCACA